UUUCUCACUUGGUAACCUUUUGAUGUGGGCAAAAGUGGUGGGUUGACAACUAUUCCACCCUUUGUUGGCUGGACAUUCUGGCAGCUUGUAAUCCAAUAUAUUGGGAAGGCUUGGAAAAAGCUGGUUAAGCUGGAGACACAGAAGAAAAACAAACUACAACUGGGAAAAUUUCAGUGGCUUUUUUAAUGCUGCUUGAAUCCCAAACCAUGUUUAUUAAAAUCAGAAGGGGAGGGGCAGGUGCUUUUGAGUUUGUGCACAAAUUCUUGAAUUGCUUCUAAGGAAAAAUUCAAGCACACACAAAACCCUCCUUUCCACCAUGUAGAGUUAUGUAACUGGGUGGUGCUCUUCAGAGCUAGUCUGCCUGUUUUGAAAAAGGUGCUCCUGUCUUAGUGGUGAUAUUUUUUUAAAAAAAUUAAUCGAAUGGCACUCAAAUCUGCCUGUUGCCAUAUAAACUUGGGUGGCUGUGGAGAUUAUGAAAGAAAGCUGCAGCUGAUGUUUCUCCUCCACCUUCUGCUUAUAUUACCAAUAAAUAAUAUACUUUGAACACCUUCAAAGAAUAGCAUUCGCCUAUCCCAGAGGACCUUGGGAAAAACCCCUCAUAGGUCUCUCCCUUUCCUGUCAUGGCAACGAUUGUAUCUGAAAAACUCAGCCACCUCUUCAUCAACCUCCAGCACUUGUGCAAAAUCCCUCAACUUCUGUCCAAGGCCUUGCCUGCUCCAUCCUGCACAAUGGCAGCCUCAGAGGUGCCUCAGCUUUUCCGGAAGCCCUACAUCCACGCCGGUUACCGACCCCUCAACCGGAGCUGGACCUUCUACUUCCUGUCCCUCUUCCAGCAGCAUAACGAAGCGCUCAACGUCUGGACGCAUCUGCUGGCGGCUUUCAUGCUGCUGGGGCGGUUCUGGCAACUCUCCCAGAUAGUUGAUUUUGCGGGCGACCUGCACGCACAGCCCUUCUGCAUCGUGGCUGUGUCUUCCAUCAUCUACUCCACCUUCAGCAGCUUGGCUCAUCUCUUGCAAGCCAAGUCUGAGUUCUGCCACUACACGUUCUUCUUCAUGGACUAUGUCGGGGUGGCCACCUACCAGUACAGUAGCGCUUUGGUGCAUUACUACUACGCCAUUGAGCCAGAAUGGCACGCCUGGAUCUCCAGUUUCUACAUUCUGGGCGCAGUGGGGUUGGCUUGGUUGUCCUGUGCUGGUUCCUGCUACGCCAAAUACCGAUGCCCUCACCUCUCCCCUCUGCAGGGCAGGCUCUGCCAGGAAAUGCCCUCCGCGGUAGCCUAUGCUUUAGACAUCAGCCCUGUGCUCCAUCGUAUCUACACCUCCACCAUCUCCGGGAAAAAUGACUUGGCUGCUACCUACCAUAAGUGCCACGUUUUGUGCUUCCUGGUUGCAGCCUUUUUUUUCGCCUACCCUUACCCCGAGAAGUGGUUUCCCGGGAAGUGUCACUUUGUUGGACAGGGCCACCAGCUCUUCCACAUGUUCCUCAUGCUUUGUACCUUCAUCCAGUUAGAGGCGGUGCUUAUCGAUUACCAGACGAGGCGGCACAUUUAUGCUGACCUGCAUGGCGACCUCGCUCCCUUCUUUUCCAUCAUGUGCCUUGUGCUGAUGGCUUGCUGUAGCCUCACAGCCCUCUACAUGAUGGUCAAGGUCAAACACAAAAUCUGGCCAAAGCGGGACUGAGCUAAGGGGACACACCAGCUGCUGGGGAUUUGCCGCCAGCUUCUUCUUUAGGUACUCUUGCUCCGGGAAUGUCUCUCCUGCUGUCAUUUAGGAAACUGAAUAGGAUAGCUAGCUAAUGCUGGGGUCUUCCCCUCCUCUUGCACUGGAGAUCUUGCUUGCGGGUUGCUCUGCCCAGGCAACUGAGAUGAUAAGUUGGAGGUUGCAUCAGAAAGGAAGUGACCAAACUCUUUGGUGGAAAAGGAGUUCGUGUUUUGUUUCCUGGAGGGCGGUACUGUAGCUCUGCUGUCUCCGAUUGAAGGGAGAACACAUUGUUGGUUAUACCUCUUAGAAGCUACAUCCAUCUUUCUUGCAUCUUUCUUGAAUCAGAGCUGGCAGCCUUCGGGCUUUUAGGAAUCCACUUGGUUGUUAUAAGAGUUCCCAGAUCCACAAACGGGACCCUGGGCCAGAGGGAUCAGUUUAGGAUCCUUCCUGAGGCCCGGAACUGGUUCUGAAUAUCAGAACUAGACGGAGCAGCCCAACGUUCAUCCUGGGGUUCUACAAACUUCCUCCAUUUCAGGCAGUGCUUGAGAGAGAAUGGAUGGAAUGGUUACUUUCACUGCUGCCGUUUAAAACAGACGUCAGCCUAUCGGCCAUGAUCUACAGAGAGAAAUACUUGCAGAUAUCUUUUUGGUCUCUUCCUUUUUUAAGUAGUGGAAGAGCUUCCUGGAGGUAGAUUAGAGAUGGCACUUAACCAGCACUUCCCCUGGAGGAGAAGACUUCCUAGCCUCCAUAUUUUGAAUAAAAAUAGCUCUUGCUCUGGGGUUCACUGAUUUGGGGUUUUUUUUGUUUUGUUUUGUCCAGCACCUUUGCACUAUGCAGUCCCAAACCCCACAAUUCUAUGCCCUACGUCAGGGCACUUGUGCAGCACUGGUGCCUUCACGGAUUGCCUUCUGCAAUAUCCAGACGAAAGCAUCCUUCCUGGUUUUGGGAAAACCAUCUAGGACUUUUGCUUGUCUACCAUGAGCCAAGCCUUGGGGAAACCUGCCAGGUAGACACGUGCCUUCAGAAGAGCAUCUGUCUACCCAAAACUUUGUAUGUGGGAAUGAUUUUACUUGUGAUGUUUUUAAAUGCAGUGGUAAGCUUGUUUGGAGAGGAGAACCUGGGACGACGCUGGACCUCUGUGGGUCAAAGUGAGUUUUGAGAAGGGGGAAGAGAUGGGCUUUGACAACUAGCGUUUUCAGAAGGAAGUCCAUGCAACUGUGGUGGGUUGAGCUAACAGACCUUAAAGCAGUGCUCCGGAGACCCCUCCCCCCCAAUUAUCUAUGGGCUCCUUCUAUCGACUUUAAUCAUCUACCACCCUUGAGAUUUAUUCUUCUCCUCUAGUUUUUUUUUUUUUACACAGAGAUUAGGCUUCCUUGUCACCUAUAAUCUGCCCUUUUCAAAUGGCAAUGCCAAGAAUUGAGAUUGGCCCUUCUCACACGGCAAACGUUUGUGAUGCCACCAAGCUGCAUUUGGAGAUCCCUUCCAACUCAACCAGAUUGCACCCUGUGAAAUUGUAUACUAGGCAUCAUUUUAUUGGGCCUCUCGAGUGUAUCUUCAGCCUUCUUUUAAAGCCCUGCGUGCGUUUGUGGCGGUUACGGGAUCAUAUGCCAAAGAACACCAUGUCUUUCUGAAGAUAUGUUCUUCUUUUGGACUAUUCCAAAUUCCAAUGCAUGCUUACUGGUAAACAAGUAAAUAAGCUUAACCCGAGUGUCACUAUAUUCACAGCUUUUAAGAGGAGCGAGGUUGCAUCUUCCAUUUGCCAAACACAUGUCCUAUUUUUCCCAAGAGAGUAGAAAUUAAAAUCCCUAAACAGAGUCCGUUGAGAAAUAACUUGGGGACUCUUCAUAACGGGUUGGCUCUGGAUGGUCUGUUUAUUUCAGCUGCAACCCCGCACGUACUGAUAGGGGCUCAGCCGUGCUAAAUUCCCUGGGGCCUACUUCUGUGUAAACAAGCAUGGGAGCGCAUGACCAGCUUCCACUGAAUGCAGUGGGAUUUAGCUUUGUCCCAACUCACUUUUACCCCAUUUUUGGUUGGUCGAGAUCCAAACAGCAAUUAGUUACACUAGCAUUCCCCAAAUUCCUGGGAAUGAUUGACACUGAAGUCCCAACACCUGUGGGAAUGCUAGCCGAGCGACACACACACGCUGAGACACGGUGCGGACAACGGUUGCAGCAUCAGGACUCAUCCUAGGUUUUCUAAGUGGAGCAAUUUGAUGUGGUUUGACCUUUGCAAAAAGCUAAUAUCAUGGUUUGAUAUUUAGAGCACAGGUGGUCGUACCUUUGUUUCCUGGCAGCCCUCGCCACCUGCUUUGUGUCCAAAUUUGAGAGUGUAACUUGCCAGAGUUGGGGGGGUAUCUCCCCCACCCCAUAACCGAUGACCAAAAGUAAGCUUAAGAUAAGGUUUUAAAAAAACCCACCACCUUUACAACUCAUAAAGGGAAGAAUCGAAUAUCUGGGUCAUCCCUGUCUGUCAAAUACCUGAUUCACCUACGAGAUUUCACCCCCUCCUCUGUAUUUUAGCUUUAUCCGUCUUCCAAAAAACGAGCCAGCUCUGUGGGAGAUACAUUAAGCCAGUUGGAAGUUUAUCUUGGUGCCUUCGACCUCAACAAUAAGAGGCUUUGUGCUGUCUUCUCUUCCUCGAGUCCAAAGAUCUGGUGACACGAUCACGAAAAAGCCUGAGUUUCAAUCUCCUCAUGAAUUCAGGUUUUUGGGGGAAGAUCAGUUAGAAAAAUGGAAGAGCGCAUGGCAAGGAGGAGGGGGAGGCCAGAAGCUUUUGCUGCCAGUUUAGCUUUUCCCAGGCUACGAACCUUCUCUUGUCCAACCUCCCUUCUCCAUCAGAAUUACAAAGCUUCCUAGCCAGAAUGCUUUGGACUGGAUGAUAUUUAUGCAUGUGUACGUUUGGGCUGAAAUCUUUCUACCGAUUGUCCUGGAUGCUGAACGAUGAUUUUUUCAAUCACACGGCAGAAUUUUUGUAGAAAGGAGGUCUGGAUACAUGUGUCUGUUGAUUCUUGUUUUCUCGUCUCUCCUACAUUUUGUACAUGUUAGUGGGCUUUGAUGCCUCCACUUAUUUCUAUUAAAAAUUUUUAUAAGCCA